GCGCUCCCCGCACUGCUGAGGAGCGGAGCCUCCGCCUGGGGCUCCCCGUUUUUUGCCUGUUUCCCCGCAACUACCCGUCCCCACCCCAGCUCCCAUUGGCUGGGCCAACUGUGGUGUGGCUGUCGCCGUUCGUCGGAGGAGCCUUAAUCGGCCACCUGCCGCGUUCCACAGCCUCCUUGCAUCUCGGAUUUCGGGGCGGCAUCUUUUCCCUCCCCCAUCUUUCCCUGCUUCUUUGCACCCCGCUUUUUCUGCGUUCCGCCAGGGUUUUGUAGCCGUCUGUUUUUUUGCACCCCCCUUUUUUUUGCUUUGCUUCUAGGCGGGGUGUAGGGUGAAGCUGUCUUGGCAUCCCUUUCCCCUGGUUAUCUUUCCCUGUUUAGACAGCCCCCCUUUCUAUCGCAGUCGGGGGGGGCCUAGCCGCGGCGCACCUCCGCUACGCUGCCAGCAGACCACAGCGAGUGGCUGUGCACCCCGGAAUUUGCAGCAGCUGCAUAUCUGAGCGGAGUCUCCCUCGCCUCGCUCCCCGCGCAUUUGGGUGCGUGGAGGGCUUCAGCGUGCGACGCCCCCGCUUCUCCGCAGCCCCCCGCAGCGCGCCGGGACUCGCCCCGUGCCGCCAAGAUGGUCAUCCAGAAAGAGAAGAAGAGCUGCGGGCAGGUGGUUGAGGAGUGGAAGGAGUUCGUGUGGAACCCGCGGACGCACCAGUUCAUGGGGCGCACCGGGACCAGCUGGGCCUUCAUCCUCCUCUUCUACCUCGUCUUCUAUGGCUUCCUCACGGCCAUGUUCACCCUCACCAUGUGGGUGAUGCUGCAGACUGUCUCUGAACACACUCCCAAGUACCAGGAUCGACUGGCCACACCAGGCUUGAUGAUUCGCCCCAAGACUGAGAACCUCGACGUCAUUGUCAACAUCAGUGAUGCCGAGAGCUGGGAGCAGCAUGUCCAGAAGCUCAACAAGUUCUUAGAGCCUUACAACGACUCCAUCCAAGCUCAAAAGAACGACGUCUGCCGCCCUGGUCGAUAUUAUGAGCAGCCAGAUAAUGGGGUUCUCAACUAUCCAAAGCGUGCCUGCCAGUUCAACCGGACUCAGCUGGGCAAUUGCUCUGGCAUUGGGGACCCUACCCACUAUGGUUACAGCACUGGACAGCCCUGUGUCUUCAUCAAAAUGAACCGGGUCAUCAACUUUUAUGCAGGGGCAAAUCAGAGUAUGAACGUGACCUGUGUUGGCAAGAGAGAUGAAGAUGCCGAGAAUCUUGGCCACUUCGUCAUGUUCCCCGCCAAUGGCAACAUUGACCUCAUGUACUUUCCCUACUACGGCAAAAAAUUCCAUGUGAACUAUACACAGCCCUUGGUGGCUGUGAAGUUCCUGAAUGUGACCCCCAACGUGGAGGUGAACGUAGAAUGCCGCAUUAACGCUGCCAACAUCGCCACAGAUGAUGAGAGAGACAAGUUCGCGGGCCGCGUGGCCUUCAAACUUCGAAUCAACAAAACCUGAGGCUCCCCUUCCCCCCACUUUCCUGUGGAUGCUUCUGGAAUGUCCUUGACCCUGCCUGAUCCCUCCCUCACCCACCCCAAAGGUAUUUUUUAUAACAGAGCUAUGACUUGUCUGCGCCUCACAUCCCUGUAAGCCUCAACUUCUCAAGCCAGCCUGAUGUCCACACCAUUUCCAACCUCUUCCAACCUUAGCUUAGCCAGAGACAGAUAGAUGGCUAUCAGGAUGGCCGCAGAGGACUUAGGAGCUUUCUAGUCGGGAGCUGGAGCUGUUACUCAGUGAUAGAGGACGCGCCUGGCAUGCCCAAGGGCCUCAGCUCUGCUGGACUCUUCCUAGUUUGAGUUUAUGAGUGAGAUGUCCCAGCUCCUGCCUCAGUUUCAACUCCCACCCCCUGAGAGCUAUAGAAAAUGGCCAUGAACCCACCCACCUAUAUUCUCACCCCUUCCCCUCCCCUCCACAGGCCCCUUUCCCUCACCUCAUAGGCCCCUCCUCACCUCCACAUACCCCUCUCCCUCACCUCACAGGCCCCCCUCACCUCCACAUACCUCUCCCCCUCACCUCCACAUACCUCUUCCCCUCCCCUCCACAUACCCCUCCUCCUCACCUCCACAGGCCCUCCCUCCCCUCACAGGCCCCUCUCCCCUCACAGGCCCCUCUCCCUCCCCUCCCCAGGCCCUCCCUCCCCUCACAGGCCCCCCCUCCCCUCACAGGCCCCUCCCCUGGCCACGGUCAGCCCUUUGCUUCCCAGAGAUGAAUGUUCUUCCACCGUUACUGGGCUCCUCUCUUCCUUUUAUCUCUUCACACUUCUGUCACUGUAGCCAGUAUCUUGGUGGCUUUGACCUCUGCUUCCUCCAGCAGGUCUUUCUCUCCCCUCCCCUCCCCGUCCCCUCUGAGAAGAGCCAUUUGUAACAGUACUGAGUAGGUUCUGUGGCCUUUUCUUUCCUUCCUGGUACCCCCUACUUCUCCCCCAAUUAGGAGUCCAUGUUCUGGGGAAGGGGGACUGGAAGAGAAGGCUCUAAUUCUUCUAGAAAAUUCUCUAGUAGGCCUGGACUUGAACUUCUUCCUGGUCCCUCGUGUCAUCCAAACAGCUCCUACACAGUCGGGCUUGACCUGGGCUGACUAUCCACUUUGUUUUUAACUGUUGACUCCCUUCCCCCACUGGCCUUCCCAGAAUAUCUUUCAAGUUCUCCUUCCCAGGGAGCUCUGGGGGAGGGGCUGCUGUCUUGGCUCUAUCCCCAGUGGCCACCUUGGAAACGUCAGCUGCCUGGGGGGACUCCCUGAGCCCAGAUCUACCCACCCCCAUGCUCUCUCUGGCUUCUCCUCGCAAGUUAGUAACCGAUCACUCACUCACUUCUCCCUUUCUGCUUUCUGCACGCCAGCCUGAAAGCCUCCGACACCCCCCCUCUGGCCCAGCUCCGAGUUUCUGGGCUCCAUCUCCUUCAGACUCUUUUGCCUUUAAAAAACAAACAAACAAACAACUCCCAUAACUCCCCUAGAAUGUUAAGUAAGAGUCUCCUGCUCUGAGUUUUCUUCCGUUGGAGAGGCAUUUUCCUCCGGUUCCUCUGCUUGUCUUUAUCCUUCCUAACCUCCGCCUUCUUCGUUAACACUGCGGCCCCCCGCAUCCCACCCUCGAAUGGAUCCUUUCCUCUUCCCUCCCACUGGAUCUGUGUCUUCCUCCCUGGUGUGCCCGGGUUCUCCCGCCCCUUCAUCUUCCCAGUGGUCCCCCCGCAGUUAUUUAAUGCCUGUGUCAGAUCUACUGUAAAAAGGAUGAAGUACAAUAAAAUGAGAGUGAUUAUAUAUAUAAAUAUAUAUCAUACACAGA